GGUCGGAGACUAGGCUCCGAUCUGAGGGAAGGGAAAGCCUCUCCGGGCCGCCAGCGCCGCCCUCCACGCUCUAAAACCCUAGAUCCUCACCCCAUCACUCCCCCACCGACCCGCCGCCGCCGCCUCCACCGGGAAUAGGAGGAGGGGCCUUGGCGCCACCAUGUACCUCUACAGCCUGACGCUGCAGCGCGCGACGGGCGCCGUGUGCGCCGUCAUCGGCAGCUUCAGCGGCCGCGACACGAAGAAGUCGGCGGCCUCCGGGUCCGCCUCCACGCAGGAGAUAGCCGUCGCCCGUGGCAGCACGCUCGACCUCCUCCGCCCGGACCCGGAGACGGGCCGCCUCCGCACGCUCCUCUCCGUCGACGUCUUCGGCGUCAUCCGCUCGCUCGCGCAGUUCCGCCUCACCGGCGCCAACAAGGACUACCUCGUCGUCGGCUCCGACUCGGGCCGCCUCGUCAUCCUCGAGUACUCCCCCGACCGCAACCGCUUCGACAAGGUCCAUCAGGAGACUUUCGGCAAGUCCGGCUGCCGCCGCAUCGUCCCCGGCCAGCUACUCGCGGUCGACCCUAAGGGCCGCGCGCUCUGCAUCGCCGCGCUCGAGAAGCAGAAGCUCGUCUACGUCCUCAACCGCGACGCCGCCGCGCGCCUCACCAUCUCGUCCCCGCUCGAGGCGCACAAGUCCAACACUAUUACCUUUUCCCUCACCGCCCUCGACUGUGGAUUCGACAACCCCAUCUUCGCCGCCAUCGAGCUCGAGUAUGCUGAGUCUGACCGCGACCCCACGGGGCAGGCUGCUAACCAGGCGCAGAAGCUCCUCACCUUCUACGAGCUUGACUUGGGCCUCAACCAUGUCUCCCGCAAGGCCUCUGAGCCCAUUGAUAAUGGUGCCAAUCUUCUUGUGACUGUCCCUGGUGGUGGCGAUGGUCCGAGUGGGGUUCUUGUGUGCUGUGACAACUUCGUGCUGUACCGGAACCAGGGGCACCCAGAGGUUCGUGCUGUUAUUCCACGCCGUGCUGACCUCCCUGCUGAGCGUGGUGUCCUCAUUGUUGCUGCUGCUACACACAGACAAAAGAGUCUGUUCUUCUUCUUACUACAGACCGAGUAUGGUGACAUCUUCAAGGUCGACCUGGAACAUAGUGGGGAAACUGUUACUGAGCUCAGGAUCAAGUACUUCGACACCAUACCUGUGGCAUCAGCUACCUGUGUGCUGCGAUCGGGUUUCCUCUUUGCUGCUUCCGAGUUUGGCAACCAUGCACUUUACCAGUUCCGUGAUAUUGGCCGGGAUGCGGAUGUCGAGUCAUCUUCAGCAACACUGAUGGAGACAGAGGAGGGGUUCCAGCCGGUUUUCUUUCAGCCAAGGCCACUAAAGAACCUCAUCCGCAUAGAUGAGAUCGAGAGCCUCAUGCCAGUCAUGGAUAUGCGUAUCACGAAUUUAUUUGACGAGGAAACACCCCAAUUGUUCACAGCCUGUGGCCGAGGUCCACGCUCCACACUUCGCAUCCUGAGGCCUGGCCUUGCCAUUAGUGAGAUGGCACGAUCAAUGCUGCCUGCUGAGCCUAUUGCCGUGUGGACUGUCAAGAAGAAUAUCAAUGACAUGUUUGAUGCCUACAUUGUUGUGUCCUUUGCUAAUGUCACGCUCGUGCUCUCUAUUGGCGAGACCAUUGAAGAAGUGAGUGACAGCCAGUUCCUGGACACCACUCACUCCCUUGCAGUCACGCUCCUUGGCGAGGACUCUCUCAUGCAGGUCCAUCCAAAUGGUAUCAGGCACAUCAGGGAGGAUGGCCGUGUCAAUGAGUGGAGAACUCCUGGAAAGAAAACUAUAACAAAGGUUGGAUCAAACCGGCUCCAGGUGGUAAUUGCCCUCAGUGGCGGAGAGCUCAUCUAUUUUGAGAUGGACAUGACUGGUCAGCUCAUGGAGGUGGAGAAGCAGGACAUGUCUGGUGAUGUUGCAUGCCUGGCCAUUGCGCCGGUUCCUGAGGGUAGGCAAAGGUCCAGAUUUCUCGCUGUAGGAUCUUAUGAUAACACCAUCCGUAUCCUCUCGCUGGACCCUGAUGACUGCCUGCAGCCUCUAAGUGUGCAGAGUGUAUCAUCCGCACCAGAGUCACUCCUAUUCCUAGAGGUACAGGCAUCAGUUGGUGGUGAGGAUGGUGCAGAAUAUCCAGCCAACCUUUUCCUCAAUGCUGGCUUACAGAACGGUGUUCUUUUCCGCACCAAUGUUGACAUGGUUACGGGCCAGCUAUCGGACACACGGUCUCGAUUCCUUGGCCUCAGACCUCCAAAGCUGUUUCCCUGUAUAGUUAGCCACAGGCAAGCAAUGCUUUGCCUGUCCAGCCGUCCCUGGCUGGGCUAUAUACAUCAAGGUCACUUCCUCUUGACCCCUCUGUCUUGUGACACGCUUGAAUCUGCUGCAUCCUUCUCUUCUGAUCAGUGCUCAGAAGGUGUUGUUGCUGUUGCCGGAGAUGCCCUACGUAUUUUCACCAUUGAACGCCUGGGGGAGACUUUCAAUGAGACAGCCAUCCCUCUGCGCUACACCCCAAGGAAGUUUGUGAUUCUACCAAAGAAAAAAUAUAUUGCUGUCAUUGAGAGUGAUAAGGGUGCAUUCAGUGCAGAAGAGCGAGAAGCCGCUAAGAAAGAGUGCCUUGAGGCUUCUGGUGCAACGGAGAAUGGAAAUGCGAACAAUGGGGAUCCAAUGGAGAAUGGUGAUGGUCAAGAAGGUGGUGCUGAGGAGGGCAACACAUUUCCUGAUGAACAGUAUGGUUAUCCAAAGGCAGAAUCAGAGCGGUGGGUUUCCUGCAUUAGGAUCCUUGAUCCAAGAAGUAGGGACACAACCUGCCUGCUGGAAUUGCAGGAUAAUGAGGCUGCUGUCAGUAUUUGCACUGUGAAUUUCCAUGAUAAGGAGCACGGCACUCUUCUGGUUGUUGGCACUGCCAAGGGUUUGCAGUUCUGGCCAAAGAGGACCCUUGCUGCUGGGUUCAUCCACAUAUAUAAGUUUGUCGAUGAAGGGAAAUCACUUGAACUUCUACACAAGACACAAGUGGAGGAAGUACCUCUUGCAUUGUGCCAAUACCAGGGACGGUUACUUGCAGGUGUUGGUUCAGUGCUCAGACUAUACGAUCUGGGGAAGAGAAAAUUGCUCAGGAAAUGUGAAAACAAACUUUUUCCGAGAACAAUAGUGUCUAUUCAUACUUACCGUGAUAGGAUCUACGUUGGUGAUAUGCAAGAGCCUCUUGGCCUCGUUGUGAUGUUCACAGUGACACACACGCCCACGCACGCACGCACACACACCUUCCAGUCAUUUCACUACUGCAAGUACAGAAGGGAUGAAAACCAGUUGUAUAUCUUUGCUGAUGACAGUGUUCCAAGAUGGCUUACAGCAGCUCAACACAUAGACUUUGAUACUAUGGCUGGAGCUGACAAGUUUGGGAAUAUAUAUUUUGCUCGCCUUCCUCAGGAUAUCUCAGAUGAGAUUGAAGAAGACCCAACUGGAGGCAAGAUUAAAUGGGAGCAAGGGAAGUUAAAUGGUGCCCCUAACAAAGUUGAGGAAAUUGUGCAGUUUCAUGUUGGUGAUGUUGUCACAAGUUUGCAGAAGGCCUCUUUAAUUCCUGGUGGAGGUGAAUGUCUUAUUUAUGGAACUGUGAUGGGCAGUGUAGGGGCACUGCUUGCAUUCACCUCCAGGGAAGAUGUUGACUUCUUCUCUCACUUGGAGAUGCAUCUCCGUCAGGAGCAUCCACCAUUAUGCGGAAGAGAUCACAUGGCUUACAGAUCUGCAUAUUUUCCAGUGAAGGAUGUGAUAGAUGGGGAUCUCUGUGAGCAGUAUCCAUCCCUACCAGCUGAUAUGCAGAGGAAGAUAGCUGAUGAGCUAGACAGAACUCCUGGUGAAAUCCUUAAGAAGCUAGAAGACAUUAGGAACAAGAUCAUAUAAGCCACGGUGUAGUUUGAAAGAAAUAGGGUAGUGGCAAAUACAACUGCCUGGUCCUCGAUGCUUCACAACUUGCAUCCAGUUUGAGCUGUGGCAGCACUUCAAGAUGUGAUGCGGUAUUCAACAAGUUCGGAGCAAGCUUGUGAUGUGUGAUUCCUUUUAUGCUAGCCGGACCAGUCUACGUUUUAGAGCCAAUCAAGCGUAGAUUACAUUACUGCACCGGAGUGGUCUUUUGUAUCUCAUAGAGCAGAUUUCAGCUGAUGUCUCGACUGUUUAUUCCUUGGCUUGAUGUAAUUGAAAUUAUUCAUGUUGGAUGUUUUGUCGGUAGCUGCCUUGGUAAUGUACCAUAGAAGUUUCUCAAAGUGUUAGAUGCCUCAGUGCCAUCCAUUUCAUAUUGUCCUGCCUAUGGAAUCCUUAACUGCUACACCUACUCCAAUUUUUCAUUCCAUUCCAUUAA